AUGCCUGCAACCCUCAAGCGGCAACGCAGCAACUCGGUUUAUGAGGAAAGCAACUUGUCGAGCUUUGUUGACAGUUGCGUUAACUUUGUGCCAAAUGUAACGUUUCACACCACAACUGAAGGAAAGCAUAUGGCCAAAGUUCUCACCUCCAACAGCGCACCUCAACCCCACACUAUUCUUCUUCUUGGAACUCGCCAGCAGCUGAAAAGUAAAGGACUCAGCCAGUUAUUCCCGUACCACAAACCUGAGCUAGAUCAACUAAUCGACGAAAUCGACGAGGCAAGCUUCAGGAGUGAUGGCUACCGGUGUGGCACUAACCACGAGUUACGUAUUACACUUGGAGUCAUAGCAGGAGCCUUCUCCCGCCAUAACUGUCCUCUUCGGCCCGACUCCAUCACCAACAUUGUGGAGGAAGCCGUGGCAUAUGCCAAGAAAGUAAAGGGUGUCACAGCAGCCUCAGGUGCGCUCGAUAUUUACUGUUGCGAAGCCGAAAACGUGCUUUGCGUGGCGGCUGCCGUUGCGCGUGGCGCCAAUCAAAGUUUUUCUGCAAAGAAUGGUUACGCUGAGAAGUCGUACUGGAAUCGUGGCAUUCCUGUCCGAGUCGUGUUUGCCCCAGACACGCGAAAGCAGAGCCUCAGCGAGGCAAGUGACACUUUUGCAUGUGGAAAGCGGGAAUACCUCGAUGCGGCAGCUCUCUCCAUUCAGCUUUGUCAACGCUUGGUUGAUUCUCCUUGCAACCUACUGGACACAACGACUUUCACGGAGAUCGCUGCUGGACACAUCGCUAAACUGAAAAAUAAGUUGAAGCGCAACGUUUCCAUUGACAUCAUCAGUGGAGAGGAUCUGCGGGAAAAAGGAUAUGGUGGAAUUUAUGGUGUUGGAAAGGCAGCGGAAUAUCCACCGCACUUGGUAACGUUGUCCUACGAGCCCAAUGCGGCCGGGGGCAGCGGCAUAAAUCCCCAAGAAAAAUUGGCCUUUGUUGGAAAGGGUAUUGUAUACGACACUGGCGGUCUCUCCAUUAAACCCACGACGGGCAUGUGUGGGAUGAAGCACGAUAUGGGCGGUGCGGCUGCUGUCUUUUGUGGGUUUAUUGGACUUGCAAUGAUCGGCGUCCCUCACCGUAUUUCGUCCAUUCUGUGCCUUGCUGACAAUGCUGUUGGACCCCGCUCUCAGCGCAAUGACGAUAUUGUGCGGAUGAGAUCAGGGAAAACUGUGGAGAUCAAUAACACAGAUGCUGAAGGUCGACUGGUACUUGGCGAUGGAGUUUACCACGCCUCGGCUCUUCUGCCUUAUACACCUGAUGUUAUUGUGGACAUGGCGACGCUUACGGGAGCUCAGGGUAUUGCCACUGGCCGCUAUCAUGCCGCAUUAUAUGCCAGUAGUGAGGAAAUUGAAAACCGCGUCCUUCAGGCGGGACGCCGCUGCGGUGACCUCUGUUUCCCUGUUGUUUUCUGUCCAGAAUUCCAGUGCCCCGAGUUCAGAAGCAGUGUAGCAGACAGCCGUAACUCCGUGCUGAAUCGCUCGAAUGCACAAGUUAGCUGCGCCGGUUACUUUGUUGGGAGUCACAUAGACAGCAAAUACAAGGGGGAUUGGGCACACGUCGACCUCGCAGCACCUGCUACCCGCGGUGACGCCACAGGUUUCGGUGUAACAUUACUCCUACAAACCUUUGCAGCCUCACUCUUUGGGACAGCAUAA